AUGAGUGGAACAGGAGAGAAAGUUACUGGAACGACAAAGACACCUACAGAUUUCCUCAAAUCGAUCCGUGGGAAACCUGUUGUUGUGAAGCUUAAUUCUGGUGUUGAUUACCGAGGCAUUCUUACUUGUCUUGAUGGUUAUAUGAACAUUGCUAUGGAGCAGACAGAGGAGUAUGUAAACGGGCAGCUCAAGAACAAAUAUGGUGAUGCCUUUAUCCGUGGAAACAAUGUUCUUUACAUCAGUACAGUGAAGAGAACUUUGGCUGACGGAGCCUAG